UGUUCUAUCACUGAUCGGCUGCAUAAGUUUAGUUCUUUAGCGUACCGUGAUUUACGAAGAUGAGUUUGGAUCAACGCACUUAACGCAAAAUAAGUAGUACGUUCCUAGAAUCGCCUUUACGAUGCUUCUACAGGGGCUAAACAUUAGUCGUAAACCUAGUAUGAGCACACACCGUUAGAUACGUAGAUCUGAUCGGCAUGGCUGUCAAGGAGGUCACGGAAACCCAAUCGAAAUGGGACGGCCCAUUAUUGAAAGGAGAGGGGAAGCGGCAGCCCAUCAUCUUGCAACAAAGCGUCACCAUGCUGGCUUACAUGGACAAGGAAAACCGAUCUGUGGCGCAGCAAGGCACGCAGCAGCAGAGUGGUUCCUUCCUAGACACCUUCGUCACUGGCCACUCCAGGGACCUGCCAAUCCUGAUAGGAGCUGCUAUGGGUGCUGUGGGACUCAUUGUGAUCAUCCUGGCUGUAGUCGUGGUCUGGCACUGCUGUUCGAGGAAAACCAACAAUGAUAAAGCAUAUGUAGUGGAGAACCUGAGCCGCAGCAGCAGUGUAUCAAGACCACCACCCGCAAGUAUGGUACAGAGUGACUCUGUGAUCUUCCUGAGUGCAAAGCCUCAACACACGACUGGCACCCGGCUGAGAGGAACUACACCAGAUGGAAACGGCUCGGUUGAGAGCAUGUCACAGUUGCAUUUCGGGCAUCACGGCUAUAUAGGAGAUGUCGGAGGGACACGUCCCUUGAGUGAGUGUGGAGUUCAUACGGUGGAUGUGCCCUACACCCAGCCAUCAUCUGCAGCCAGUCUUGAUGGUGAGGUUACCCUGCAGGUGCCUUCACUGAGCCAGUGCAGCUCUUACUGCCACAGAGGUUUGGAGGACUCGUACUAUAAUGUCUAUGGCAGCAAUGACCUAACACUGAAAACCAGAAGCCUUCCAUCAUGGGGCCGUGCCAAGCAGCGUCCCCUGUCUACGGAAGAUGACUUGAGUGAGCUCUAUGCCAAGGUGAAUUUCAGCAAACGACGCAAGAAUCGCAUGCGCAAUGACAGCGCAGCUGCCAUUGCUGCCACGCGCAGCUUCCAGAACCAGCAGUGCUACCUGUCGCCCUUCCAUACACUGCCAUCCGCACAUACCGACACCGAUUCACUUGUCGACAAUGAGGCUGUUGUAGUUUAUGAUGAACGCACUGCCGUCUGAAACCUGUACUCAUUUCCAUCAGCCGCAUUAGUUGCGACGGGAGGGAACCACUGCUGGCCUUGUGACGCAAGCAGGGACCAACAUUCCUGGACUUGGCAUGACACUUGUCUCUGUUUUCAAGCCUUCAACAAAAGGAUUUUAGGCUCCUGUAGCUCUGUCACAAAUGUUUAGGCAAUUACCUUAUGAAUGCCCAUAGAUGUACGACUAUACCGUGUAAUUAAUCUACGCAUAUUAAUGGCAAAAAUUUUUUUAGCUUUCUUCCGUUCCCCUGUUUAUAACGAAUAAUGUUGCAACAUU